AUGUCUUUCUUCAUCCGCGCCACUCUCCUUUCUUCUGUCCUCAUCGGCUCUAUCGCCACCACAUUUGCGUCUCCCCAACCCAUCGAUAAACGUGCGAACCCCUCAUUCCAAGCCGAUGGAUCUAUCAACGCCGCAGGGAUCUACUCCGCCGCGUCCUCUGGGUCCAAGGUCCUGGCUACGUAUGCCCCUGAUCAGGGUGUAAGCAAGAGCGUGAAGAUCUAUGGUGACUGGCAGAAGCUCAGCGGUGUCUCUGCGUACUACUUCAAGGCGGACAUGGACAUCGACUGUGAUGGCCCAGACUACAAGUGCGAUGGCAGCUCUGAAGGCGACCCCAACACCGCCUUCGGGGCUCUCGACGCUCGCUACGUUCCCUACAUCGUCCUCCCAGAAACGUUCGCCACCAAGACGGUUCAGAUCAAGGGCAACGCGCUCUCCGCCGUCAUCUGCAACGGCAAGAUGUUCUAUGGUAUCUUUGGCGACGAAAAGCUGAUCUCUACUCCUUGGUUGUUCACAGACAUCGUCUUCCCGGAUGUCGUGCCAUCUGGUGAUCUCUCCGGCCCUAAAAUCGACCUUGACGCGUUGAAGACUUUGGGAGACAAGACGGCCAAGCAGCUUGCUUCGGCUUUGAAGUUGUGA